CCGACGCGCUCGGUGGCCGGGAGCUGAAGCUCCAGAGCCCCGCAGGGACCCGCAGGGACCCCCGCAGGGACCCGCACGGACCCGCAGCGGCCGCCGGCAUGGUGCGCCUGCUGAGCUGCCUGCUGCUCGGGUAUCUGACCUGGAAUCUGCGGAUCUCGGACGCGCAGGGGGAGUACUGCCACGGCUGGCUGGACGCUAAUGGGAAUUAUCACGAUGGUUUCCAGUGUCCGGAGGACUUUGACACCAUGGACGCCACCGUCUGCUGCGGCUCGUGCGCGCUGCGCUACUGCUGCGCGGCCGCGGACGCGCGGCUGGACCAGGGCAGCUGCACCAACGACCGGGAGGUGGACAACACGGAGUUUGCAGCGCAGCCCGUCUACGUGCCCUUCCUGAUGGUGGGCAGCAUCUUCGUGGCGUUCGUGGUGGUGGGCUCUCUGGUGGCGGUCUACUGCUGCACCUGUCUGCGUCCCAAGCAGCCGACCCAGCAGCCAAUCCGCUUCUCCCUGCGGAGCUGCCAGGGCGAGACCAUCCCCAUGAUCCUGACCUCCGCCCCCCCGAGCCUCCGCGCCCCGUCGAGGCAGUCCAGCACGGCCACCACCAGCUCCAGCUCCGCAGGAGGAGGCAGCUCCAUGAGGAGGUUCUCUCUGGGGGGUCAGGGGUCACAGCAGCAGCACGGCUGCCUGGUGUCGGCCACCGUCUCCUCGUCUGCCUCCACCCCCACACAGACCCCUCAGACUCUGCCUCCGCCCCCACCUCCCCCCUACACCUCCCCCCCAGCCCCCAUGCAGCACCCCCUGCCCUCCACCCACAGCCACAGCCACGCCCAGCUGCAGCUCCACCCGCCCGUCUCCCAGAGCUUCCUGCUGCCCCAGCAGUACUUCUUCCCCCUGCAGCCCGACGCCUUCUCCGCCGCCAAGGGCUUCGCCGACUUCGGCCAGAGCUGACAGACAGAGCUCCCGGCGGGCGGAGCGGAGGGAUUACAAGCUUCUCUAAACGCUCCGAUGUGACCAAACACACUGCAGCACAGCUGGUGGUGUUGGUGGUGGAGGCCCGGCCGGCCAAACGGACACACAGCGAGCAGCAGGAGGUGGAGGAGGGAUAAAGUGUUUCCUUCUGCAUCACAGCACAUCAGAGCUGAACAGCCAAUCACACGCAGCAACAGUUGGAAUCUUGUGCACUUUUAACUUGUAAACAGACUUCACUGUUCCUACAGUUUAUUUUUUAUACAGGCUGAUUUUAUAAGCUCACAGAAAAGACUGAAAUCUUGCCAAUAUAUCAUAAACCUUCCUCAAAAAAAGAACAGCAGCAACACUCCGGGACUCAUUGUUUUACGUAUUAAAAAUAGAUGUUGGAAACCAGGGAAAUGUGUUUUUUGACAAUCGGAAGGACCUCUGACAGAGACGAGGACCUGAUACACACAAGACAUUUGAUUUUGAAAGGAAAUGUGGACUUUUAUAUGUUGUACAGGCAUUAUACCCAGAGCAGGGUUGAUAUAUUGAUUCCCGAAUUUACAGCAAAUAAAAUGUUGUCCCUCAGUUCCUCCUGUGCUGAUGAAUGCAAAGUAGGGCUGUGCCAUAUCGUAUCGUUCACAAUAAUAUCGGUAUAUUUUUUUUAUGGUUAAAAAAAAUGCAUAUCAUGAUAUUGGCAACGUUCCAACUUCUUGAUGU